AUGAAAAAUAAGAUUGUAUCACUUUUUAUCAAAAGAGAACAUUUAAUUCUCUUGUCUAAAAUGUAACUCAAUGAUUAAAAUGAGCUCAUUUUGAGGAUUGAUUAAGUUAAUCAGAAAGUUGAAAAUACUAUUUUAAAAACUGAAAGAUGGCCUUAAUUAGACUUAGAUUAUUUCUAGAAUUCUUUUGUCCAAAUAGUAAAUUUGUCAUUUGCCUAUUUUAAAAUGUAUUUUCCUGUUAAUUCAGCUUUACAAAUACGAGAGCAUUUGAAGUUUACAUAAUGCUUAAAAUAAAUUAAUUAUGGAGGAGUAACACUUGAAGAAGUUUUUAAAUAAUAAAGGGUAGAAGUGAAUCCCUAUAAUAGUUACGAUUAGUUACCUCUCUCUCUAUUAGACUAUCAGAAGAGCCUCUGAUUCCUAAAAUUUUCAACACCUAACUAGAUUUUGAUUAUAUCUCACUUCUACAAUCAAAAUAUUUCAAUCAAAAAAACCCAGAUUAUCAAUAACCUUAUUAGAUUCUCAAUCUUAAACAUUUUGAAAUGAAAAUUAAUACUAGACCUUUUAGAGAAAUAUCAAUUUCUUCAAUUUAAGAUGUUCCUUAAUUCUAAUUAAUUAAUCCAUAAUUAAUCUAACCUAUUAUAAAUUAUGACACAUUUUCUAGUACUUUCGAAUAUAAAUUUAAUAAACUAAUGUCUAGAAAUUUAUCAAUAUAAUAAACAAUCAAAAAUUACUUCUAAUAAGUUAAAUUAUUUGAAGAAAAUGAUAAAGAAAAAGAUCACCUUAAAUUAUUAUUUAAUUUACAAACUCAAAAAUUAAAAGAAACUAUGGUCAAUGAAAAUUAGAACAAACCAAUUAAAUCAAAAAUUUAAACAAAUUUAAGUUAAAUUUAAAUUGAGUCUGAUAAAAUAAGCAUGUUGAAUAGUUUAAAUUCAAAUGAUAGUGAUAGAAAUAAAUCUUUUUAAAAAUCAAUUAAGAGGUUAACUAAAAAAGACUCUUUUUGUGACCAUGAUAAACUAAGAGCUGUAGAUAGAUAAUAGAAAUUAAAAAAUAAGAUAAGAAAUUUAAAUACUAUGAUUUACAAUUAAGCAGAUGAUAUGAGAAAAAAUUAAACUAAAGCUGAUUAAGAUGAUUCUCAAAAUUUAAAGUAGCCUAAAUAAUAAACAUUAAAAGAUUAGCAAAAUUUAAGAUCUUUGACUCAAUACACUAUAGAGGAUAGUUUUAAGGCUGAAAUUAACUUGCACUAAACCUAUCAUGCAUAAAAGAAUCCUAUAUUUAAAUAAAUUGAUAACUAAUUUAAGGAUGAAGAUAAGCAAUCUUAAUUAAUAGAUUAGUUAAGUAGCAGUAUAGAAAUUUAAGGUUAGAGAAAAAAUUAUAAAUUAAGAAGAUCACAAUAUGCUCCUGAAAAUAGAAAAUUUGAUGAUGGAAGUUGUAGUAAUAAUAAUACUGAACACAUAAAAUAAAGUACUCACUCAAUAAAAAAAUAAAAUAAUAAAUCUAUUGAACGUUUAACUUUAAAACCAAUUGAUUAUGUAUAAGUUUGUUCAGGAGAUAAAAAAUUAUAAUAAAAUGAAUAAUUCAUAUUUUAAAAAAAGCAAAAGAGAUAUCAAACACAAGAAAAGGAAGAAUUAGCAUUAAAUGAUAUUUUAAAAUUGAAAAAAUAAAGUAACUAAAGUGUGAGAAAUGCUUUACUAUUACUAACUUGCGCUCGUUCAGAAUAAUUGUUAACUUCAUUGAUAGCUAGUGGAACUAUAAAACAUUAAUAAUAUUAGUCUUUCUUAUAACCAAUUAAGAUAUAUUCUAAAGCUAAAUAUCUGACUCCAAAGUGA